GGGUGGAUUGGCCACGGGAAGUGGAAGGUUAUCAGGAACAGGAAUAUGUACAGAUAGGAAAAUCCAAUGACAAGAGUGGGAAAAGGUUUCCAACAUCAAUGACAUUGGAAAAGCCCCAAGACACCCCCUACAUACUCAACUAGAAACUGGUGGAAGGUUGGCUUGACUUAUCAUUGUCGCAUGCACCUGGGUACAGCGAAGGAUUUUGUUUAUGCACGUUCACCUGCUCUUUCAGUUGAAAGGGAGUAAGGAUGUUUACCCGCCAACAAGCCCGUGAUAGCGAGAGGCAACUCUGCACCAGCCCUGUGUGCGGGAAGGGGUGCAGCGGGUCGGUGCAUCUGGCAGAGCGCCAGCUGACGCACCCCAGCGACAGACCCUUCGGCUGCCCUCCGUACGGGAAGAGGUUCACUCGGCCUCCCCGAGACACCGCGCACCAGCUGGUCCAGCCGGAGAAGAGGCUUUUCGAGCGUUCCGGGCGCGAGAAGACUUUCGAGAAAGGCAGCGGCCUGCUGACCCGCCGCCCCCCCACGGGAGAGAGGCCCUUCGCUUGCUCCGAGUGCGGGAAGAGAUUCGGGCGUUUGUUCCACCUCCAGGUGCACAACCACGUUCACACCGGCGAGAGGCCGUUCACUUGCCCGGUGUGCGGGAAGGGAUUCGUCCAGUCCUCAGACCUUCAGAAGCACACGCGGGUUCACACCGGGGAGAGGCCGUUCGCCUGCUCCGAGUGUGGGAAGAGGUUCUCUGACUCGUCCCACCUCUUGACGCACCAGCGGGUCCACACCGGGGAGAAGCCUUUCACCUGCACCGAGUGUGGGAAGAGUUUCCCUCGUCUUUCCCAUCUUGUGAUACACAAGCGUGUUCACACUGGGGAGAGGCCGUAUGUUUGUGCAGUGUGUGAGAGAGGAUUUACUUGUUCACACCACCUCCAGAAACACCAGUCUGUUCACACUGGGAGUAGGGCCUUCAGCUGCUCCCUGUGUGGAAAGUGUUUCACUCAGUCAUCCAGCCUCCAGAGACAUCAACGCACUCACACUGGGGAAAAGCCAUUCACCUGCCCCGUGUGUGGAAAGAAAUUUGCUCAGUCAUCUGAAUACACUGAACACCAACGAGUUCACUCAGACAACCGACCUUUUAGAUGCUCUGAAUGCGAGAAGACUUUUAAGAGAAAGCAUGAUUUGCUCAAGCAUCAGUACGUUCAUAGCGGGGAGAAGCCUUUCCCCUGCUCCGAAUGCGGCAAGAGAUUCAUCAAUUCGUCCGACCUGGUGCGACACCAGGGCACCCACACGGGGGAGCGGCCGCUCACCUGCUUCAUCUGCGGGAACGGGUUCAGCGACUCCUCCCACUUGCUGAGACACCAGCGAAGUCACACCGGGGAGCGGCCAUUCGCUUGCUCUGUGUGCCAGAAGGGGUUCACGCACUCGUCCAGCCUGCUGCGGCACCAGCGCGUGCACACCGGGGAGAGGCCGUUCACCUGCUCGGUGUGCGAGAAGCGAUUCACUCACUCGUUCAACCUGCUGAGACACCAGCGCGUUCACACCGGGGAGAGACCGUUCACCUGCCCUGUGUGUGAAAAGAAAUUUCGACACUCCUCCCACCUGCUGAGACACCAGCGCGUUCACAUAUUGCCGGUAAAUGUUGUCACGGCUGAGAUUGAAAUCCAGGACUGAAUUCCCCCCCCCCCCCCCUCUCCUUUAUGACUGGAUCAUUUUCAGUGCUCAUGCCUUUGGUAAACACCAAAGCCCAGUCAUUUUACAGGGACUGAACGCAAGUGUGUGUCCCACAGCACCUCUGUCACUCACAAGGUGUGAAACAAGGCUGCAAACCACCUCUGAAAUUAAAAUCCCUUCAGGAAGUGUAAUUGGCAGGAGCCUGCAGACUGGUGAGGUUCCUGUGAAAGCUGACAGUUAUGCCCGCGCUGGUUUGUUACUGUGCCUGUAACGGAAAAGGUCUGAACCACUGUCUCGGUGGAAUUUUACCUGGCGUGAGAGUGGAUUAAUGAGCCUCAUGUCCUUGCUCAUGUUGGCUACGAUGGUGUGGAACGGGUGACGUUCAAUGAGCUGGUCUUUGUGUGGAGAUGUGUAUGAAAGUGACACAGCCUUGUGCUCAUAGUCAGAACAAUGUGUAGAUAUCCUUGUGGUUUGAGUGGGGUCAGAUGACCAAUGUGAAAAAGUUAACUGUAAAAUCCCCUGCAUACUUGCAGCCUCAAGAGAGCGGAACUCUGAAUCUACUGUAUUUUCUGUCUUGACUGGAUUGGGUAACAAUACUCUCUUGUUACAGAGCUGAGAGCUCUGAAUUCACUGUACUAUCCCAGUUCUCUGGUUCAAAUAACCACACUUCAUCUGUAUCAUCACAGAGCUGCAAAUAAAGUCAGUGAGAGACAA